AAUGAGAAAUUUCCUUGCCUUUUCCAGGUUGGCACGGAAAGAAGAUUUUGUUAACGGGGAGGAUUCAAAUGCAACGCUAUCUGAAAUUGCUCUGCCCCGAGUUCGAAAAAGAGCCUGGCAAAGAAUCAAUGAAAGCUGGCCUGCAUCUAUUGAGGAUAACAACAUUGCAGUAUCAUUACAUAUCUGCAUCAAUCAGAACAUUUGACAGAGCAGCAAACGGCAUGAACUGCCUCGAGUUCGAAAAAGAACCCAGCUUCUGGAGAGUCGUGCAGAAAAAUCAAUGAAAGCUGGCCUGUAUCUAUUGAGGAUAACAAAGUUGCAGUAUCAUUAUCUGCAUCAAUCAGAACAUUUGACAGAGCAGCAAACGGCUUGAACUGGCUUGAAGUCGGAAAAAAAUCUACCUGUCGAAUAGUCACUCAAGUGAAUAAAUGAAAGCUGGCCUACAUCUAGUGAGCGUAACAAAAUUACAGUACCAUUAUCUGCGUCAUCCACAACAUUCGACAGAGCUGCAAACAAACCGAAGUGACAAUGUAUCUAACGUCAAUGCUUCUAUCAAUCUCCGUCAUGGUGAUCAUUCAAAAAAUCAUUGCAUACGACAUUUGUCAAAUCAUUGAACCGGAAAAGCCCAUCACCAAUGAGAAAAUGUACGCAGCCUAUCCAUAUCUUCACGAGUUGGACAUGAGUUAUCAAACGACAUUCGACUUUCCAAAGCAUCAGGUUCUUCUGGAUCACGAAAGACUAACGGCAUACAUUUGCAAUUACUGUGGCAUAAAAUUAAUCUUCAAGCAAACCUUUUCCAAACUGCCGCAACUAAUGCAAAUUGAGUUAAAAAAUAACGCUCUGGAAUACGUGCAUCCUGAUUCAUUCAAGCACAACACCCGAUUGGAUCAAAUAGAUUUAUCCGCAAAUAAGUUGGUUACAUUCAACUCACAAGCCACUCUGCGACACAUAUCUUUAGUAUCGAUGUUAGAUCUGAGUCAAAAUCUAAAAUUGGAUAUCAACCGGGUAAAGCUGGAAAGUAACAGACUGAUGAUAUUCAAUUGCAACAAUUGCGCAACAACAUACCUCGACAGAAAUUCGUUCGCCGGUAUGUCGGGACUGUCACAGGUCAACUUCAAAGAGAAUAUGAUUGAGCAGAUUCAUUAUGAUGCACUAAAAUCGUUAAAUCAUUUAAAAACUCUUAACAUCGAUGGGAACAGAAAUUUAACGAUGUUGAGUUUUACGUCAAAAUCACUAAAACGGUUGAGUGCCGAGAAUUGCUCACUGGAAGGAACGCUGCAAACAUCAAAUCUGCCCGAACUAAUAAGCAUCAAUGUACGCGGGAAUCGUAUUACACACCUGGACGAGCUUAGCCUCGUGGCUAAUUGGAAGAUCAACAGUUUACUACUGGACGACAACGAACUUCAAAAAGUUCCAGAGAUAGUCAUAAAGCUGCCACAUCUUCAGCGCUUAUGUCUCGACCGAAAUCUACUUCAACCAUACGAGAACAUCUAUGAAGCAACCUCAGUGUAUAAAGCCAAAUUUUUAAGGCAGAAUUGUUCUCAAGACGAUGACUUCUAUCACAAGUUUGAGUAUCAACUACCGAACAGAAACGGAGUAGCAGUUUAUAAGAAGAAACCAGUGCACAGUGUUUCCAAUGGUGGUUCAAUGGUAGAUCUUUCAGGCCGGAAUAUUAUUUUCAUCGAACAAGAUUACCUAAUCGAAUAUGCAAAUGUAUUGGAAUUUACUUUUGAUAACAAUCAUAAUUUUGACUUCAAAGAAUCGAUGCCGUUCCUUGAGAGCAAUACAGUCGAAAUACUGUAUAUGCGAAACUGCUCAAUUACUGCUCUCAACAGCUCUACAUUCGCGAAACUUCCAAAACUCACUUCCCUGCAUCUUCAGGGCAAUCAGAUUCUAUCUCUUCGAAGUACAUCAUUUUAUCCACGACAUGGAUUGACCUAUAUCAACUUGGCCAGCAAUAAUCUCCAAUUGAUAUCGCUUACGGCGUUCCAAUAUCUUGAAAUGUUGAAAGUACUUAUCCUGGACGAUAACCGACAAUUUUUAGAAACAAACAGACCGCAUUUUCUUAUCAGCAUAUCGAUAAGCAAUCUCAGCUGUGAAAAUUGUGGAUUAGAACGAUUGACUAAAGAAACUUUCGAUAUGAUGCCAAACUUGCGAGCGCUGAAUUUACACAAUAAUAACUUGACAUAUUUUGAUGUUGAUAUUCUAGACGAAUUGAACACGUUUUGUAUAGAUGAUUCAUAUCUUGAAGAUACGACUCUUCGUGAACUUGAAAGGCACAUCGAACAAGUGACUGAACUAGAGACCGACUGUAAAGAACAGAAUUUAGCCAGACUAUUGAGAAGUAAUGUUAAUAGCAAAAACAUUGUUCAUGAAAUUGUUGACACAACUGUGAUGACAGAUAACACGGAGGAAUCGAUCAAUGCGAGAUUUUUUGUCGAAAAGGCUCUUGAAAAUAUAGCACAGACAUCAACUGGCCAGGUGAUUGGCAUUAGAACAAUUGUGCUUCUCACUUCGAUGCUGCUGAUCGAGGCAUCGAUAUGGUUCGCAUAAAUAAAGGCUCCCCCAAAUAGAGGUGUUACCAACUGGGAGCACAGCUGGGUGAACGCAUAAGGCUUUCGCACCCUUCUUUUUCCAGCAGCAAGAUUGUAUGGGAUGUUUUGUUCAUUGUUUUCAUACGGAAACGGUUUCCGUAUGAAAACAAUCCAUAUUCGUUCGUGUACAGGAAAGAGAAAGGUGAUCAAACGUCAGAUUGCCUUAUACUGACUGAGUUGACAUCGAAACCUGUCAAUGUGAAACUGCACUCAUUAUCAUUUGUGAACUGAAAUCGAUCAGGAGUUGCGUAAGGAGAGCAAAUGAUUGUCAAUUGAAUUUGUUGCUAAAAUUUAUUUUUUAUUUCUAUAGUCGCUAAAAAUCUAAUCACGCUAUCAUAAAAUUCGGCCUAAAUUCAAAAGUAUCACAGUUUAUAUCACAGAAGAAAUAAGUUACACUAAAAUUUAAUUGUCAUACUAUUCCUAACCUAAAAACUAAAUCGCAGAUUGGAGUAAACGUGCUUGAGGAACAAUAGGGCAUCAUCAAGGAACUUAAAUAACGCUCUAGACCGAACUAAACAAACUAAAACUAAUAAAAUAAAAUUUAUAGAUUAUGACUGUUUCGCACAAA